GAGCUAGCACAGAGGCGUGACUCAUUUGACGUCACGUGCUUUGUUUAACAAUGGCGCUGGUGACGUCUCUGGCAAGAUCUGCUCUUUGCCGAUAUCUGCGUAGCUGUAGACGCUUUUCGUCCUUUGUUCCAGUGGACGACGAAGUAUGUGGUCUGAGCGAAGAGCAGCAGUCAUUACGUUCUACAAUCCGAAAAUUUGUUGACGAAGAGCUUGCUCCACAAGCGGACGAAAUUGACCGGAAUAACGACUUUCCAGGACUAAGAGACUUCUGGACAAAACUUGGAAAUCUUGGCUUGUUGGGAAUUACGGCGCCAGAAGCGUAUGGAGGCGCUGGGUUGGGAUUUCUUGAUCACUGCAUCGCAGUGGAGGAGAUCAGUCGUGCCUCGGCUGCCGUUGCUCUCAGCUAUGGUGCACACUCGAAUCUCUGCGUUAACCAGAUUGUGCGUCAUGGUAAUGAUAAACAGAAGGCCGCAUACCUUCCUAGACUGAUCAGUGGCGAGCAUGUUGGAGCGUUAGCAAUGAGCGAAGCAGGAUCCGGAUCUGACGUUGUCUCGAUGAAAUUGGAAGCAAGGAAAGCAGGAGACUAUUAUGUGCUCAAUGGGACGAAAUUCUGGAUAACCAACGGCCCGGAUGCAGACGUGUUGGUUGUUUAUGCAAAGACUGAUCCUGAUGCUAAACAGCAUGGCAUAUCAACGUUUCUCAUAGAGAAGGGAAUGGAAGGUUUCUCUACAGGACCUAAGUUGGACAAAUUGGGUAUGCGUGGAUCCAAUACGUCUGAAUUGAUAUUUGAAAACUGCAGGGUCCCUUCAAAAAAUUUACUGGGUGAAGAGAAUAAAGGAGUUUACAUCUUGAUGUCAGGACUUGAUGUGGAAAGGCUCAUAUUGGCAGCAGGUCCUAUUGGAACCAUGCAAGCAUCUAUCGAUCUGGCAUUUCCUUACCUUCACACUCGUGAGCAAUUUGGAGAAACCCUCGCCUCAUUUCAACUGAUGCAGGCAAAAAUGGCUGACAUGUACACACGACUUAAUGCAUCCAGGACUUAUACAUACUCAGUUGCACGGGCUUGUGACCGUGGUCAUGUCAAUAGCGAGGACUGUGCAGCAGUCAUACUCUUUGCGGCUGAGAAUGCCACUCAAGUGGCACUUGAUGCCAUUCAAUGUCUCGGCGGAAAUGGAUACAUCAAUGACUACCCAGCUGGAAGAAUAUUACGCGAUGCAAAGCUGUAUGAAAUUGGUGCUGGGACAAGUGAAGUACGAAGGAUGGUCAUAGGACGAUCCUUCAAGAAACUGUUUUCGUGACUUAUGAUGAAAAUUAAGAAUAGCUGAUGCUCCUCAGAAAUUUAAUUAAUCAGAUCACAUAAAUUGAUUAUUAAAUGACUAGAUGUAACUUC